GUCAAUUUUCAGUUUCCAGUCAUAUUUAUAAAAUUGCAUUCAUCCAGUAUCUAGUACCUACCUUCUCAAACUAUUAGUCAUGAUUCUUGAUUUUUAACCAAUUUGUUUUUAAUCAUUGAGUUUUAAAUAAAAACUGAGUUUUAGAAUUGUUGCUUCUAAUUUGCAAUGGGUGCCGUAUUAGGACUUUGUUCAGCGGCUCAGUUGGCAUGCUGCUGUGGUAGUGCUGCAUGCUCUUUGUGCUGCUCAGCGUGUCCAUCAUGCGCCAAUUCCACUUCCACACGCCUCAUGUACACCCUGAUGCUGCUAUUAGUAAUGGUGGUAGCAUGUGUAACACUUGCACCAGGAUUGCAUGAACAAAUGAAAAAGGUACCAUUUUGUGAAAAUUCAACUGGAAUAGUUCCAGGGAAUUUUAAAGUUGAUUGUGAUCAAGCUGUUGGUUACUUGGCAGUAUACAGGAUUUGUUUUGCAGCAUGUCUCUUUUUCGUUCUCAUGGCUUUGAUAAUGAUUGGAGUGAAAUCAUCAAAGGAUCCCAGAGCUGGUAUACAAAAUGGGUUUUGGGGAAUCAAAUACUUGGUUGUUAUUGGAGGUAUCAUCGGUGCUUUCUUCAUACCUGAAGGACAGUUUGCUUCAACCUGGAUGGUGUUUGGUAUGAUAGGAGGCUUCUGUUUCAUUGUCAUCCAACUAAUAUUGAUUAUAGACUUUGCACACUCAUGGGCUGAAAAAUGGGUUUCCAACUAUGAAGAAUCGCAAUCACGUGGCUGGUACUCGGCGCUGUUGUUGGCCAUGCUAUCAUGUUAUGCUCUCACACUUACUGGCAUAGUUCUUCUCUAUGUUUACUAUACUAAGCCGGAUGGAUGUGAUCUGUCCAAGUUCUUCAUUUCUUUCAACCUCAUCCUGGUGGUGAUUGCGAGCGCUAUAUCUAUCUUGCCUUCAGUGCAAGAAUAUCAACCGCGCUCCGGUCUUUUGCAAUCCGCAGUAGUUUCACUUUACGUGAUGUACCUCACCUGGUCAGCGCUGUCCAACUCUGCUGGUGAAUGUAAUGCCAGCAUUUCUACCACGAACGAGGAGACUAAAGAAGAUAUUUACUGGUCAUCCUUCGACAAGCAAUCUAUCAUCGGUCUUGUUAUAUGGGUAUGCAGCGUUCUGUACUCUUGUGUGAGAACAGCUUCUUCUUCCUCGAAGAUUACUAUGUCGGACCAUAUUCUUGCAAAGGAAGGCAGUGGAGGCCAAGGAGGGCUCAUUGCUAACGAAGAAGGCGACGGUGGGGAGGCGGGGCGGGAGGAGACCAAGGUGUUCGAUAACGAGGGGGACGAUGUAGCCUACUCCUGGACGUUCUUCCACGUCGUGUUCGCACUCGCCAGCUUGUAUAUCAUGAUGACACUGACCAAUUGGUACAACCCAAGUUCUCAGCUAUCUAAGGAGAAUGUGGCGUCGAUGUGGAUCAAGAUCACGUCGUCGUGGCUGUGCGUUGGCCUCUACGUGUGGACCCUGGUCGCACCCGCCGUCUUUCCUGAUCGUGACUUCAGUUAAGGACAUAUACCGCUAUAACAAGUUAUUGAGAUUCACCCAGUAGAUAUAGAUGUACCUUAUUGCAUAUUAUUAUGGAUCUCAUCUUUUGAACUUAAGUUUCUUAUCUCAUGUAAUUCUUCAAAAUUGUAUUCACUAGCAUUGUAUUAAAGUAAUAAAAAAAAAUCUAAAAAAUUAAAUACGAGAUAAUGCUUAAAAAUGUUUGUCAACACCAGCAACUCUAAAAUACAAUGUAUUUAAUUAAUUUCUUUAGUUUAAGUGAACUUAUUAGUUUGUAGAAAAAAUAUUUUUUAAUCCUUAUGAAAACUGAUAAUGUAAUAAAA